CCGCGUCUCCCCGCAGGCCCUGGCCGCGGUGUUCCAGAGUCCCGGAUUCCAGACACCAUGGAGCGGCCAGCGCCCCUGGCCGUGCUUCCCUUCUCGGACCCUGCGCACGCCCUAAGCCUACUGCGCGGCCUGAGCCAGCUCCGCGCCGAGCGCAAGUUCCUGGACGUGACCCUGGAGGCCGCGGGCGGGCGCGACUUCCCCGCGCACCGCGCAGUGCUGGCCGCCGCCAGCCCCUACUUCCGCGCCAUGUUCGCCGGGCAGCUGCGCGAGAGCCGCGCCGAGCGGGUGCGCCUGCACGGAGUGCCGCCCGACAUGCUGCAGCUGCUGCUCGACUUUAGCUACACUGGCCGCGUGGCGGUGAGCGGCGACAACGCUGAGCCGCUGCUGCGCGCCGCCGACCUGCUGCAGUUCCCGGCCGUGAAGGAGGCGUGCGGCGCCUUCCUGCAGCAGCAGCUUGACCUGACCAACUGCCUGGACAUGCAGGACUUCGCCGAGGCCUUCAGCUGUGCUGGGCUGGCGAGCGCGGCUCAGCGCUUCAUACUGCGCCACGUGGGCGAGCUGGGCGCAGAGCAGCUGGAGCGGCUGCCGCUAGCGCGCCUGCUGCGCUACCUGCGCGACGACGGGCUAUGCGUGCCCAAAGAGGAGGCCGCCUACCAGCUGGCGCUGCGCUGGGUCCGGGCAGACCCGCCGCGCCGCGCCGCGCACUGGCCGCAGCUGCUGGAGGCCGUGCGCCUGCCCUUCGUGCGCCGAUUCUACCUGCUGGCGCACGUCGAGGCCGAGCCGCUGGUGGCGCGCUGCCCGCCCUGCCUGCGCCUGCUGCGCGAGGCGCGCGACUUCCAGGCGGCUCGCUAUGACCGCCACGACCGCGGGCCCUGCCCCCGCAUGCGCCCGCGCCCCUCUACGGGCCUCGCCGAGAUCCUCGUGCUCGUAGGCGGCUGCGACCAAGACUGUGAUGAGCUGGUCACUGUCGACUGCUACAACCCACAGACGGGUCAGUGGCGCUACCUGGCGGAGUUCCCUGACCACCUGGGCGGGGGCUAUAGCAUCGUGGCGCUGGGCAAUGAUAUCUACGUGACGGGCGGGUCCGAUGGCUCCCGGCUCUAUGACUGCGUGUGGAGAUACAACUCAAGUGUGAAUGAGUGGACAGAGGUGGCGCCCAUGCUGAAAGCCCGCGAGUACCACAGCUCCUCUGUGCUGGACGGACUGCUCUACGUGGUGGCCGCCGACAGCACAGAGCGUUAUGACCACACAACUGACUCCUGGGAGGCUCUGCAGCCCAUGGCCUACCCCAUGGAUAACUGCUCCACCACUGCCUGCCGUGGCCGGCUCUACGCCAUCGGCUCCCUGGCUGGCAAGGAGACCAUGGUGAUGCAGUGCUACAACCCAGACACGGACCUGUGGUCACUGGUGGACUGUGGUCAGCUCCCUCCUUGGUCCUUCGCCCCCAAGACCGUGACUCUGAAUGGACUCAUGUACUUUGUCAGGGAUGACUCUGCCGAGGUGGAUGUGUAUAACCCAGUGAAGAACGAGUGGGACAAGAUCCCGUCUAUGAAUCAGGUACACGUGGGGGGCAGCCUGGCUGUCCUGGGAGGGAAACUUUACGUCUCUGGGGGAUAUGACAAUACAUUUGAACUCUCGGAUGUGGUGGAGGCGUACGACCCAGAGACUCGGGCAUGGAGUGUGGUGGGGAGGCUUCCAGAGCCCACCUUCUGGCACAGCAGCGUCAGCAUCUUCCGCCAGUUCAUGCCACAGACCUUCCCAGGCGGGCGUGGCUUUGAAUUGGACAGUGGCAACAACGACAUAGAUGCAGGCCGCCACCGGCUACCACAGAACCCUGAGGAGCUGCACUAGCCCCGGCCUGGCCCAACAAGGGCCUCAGUGCAGGAGGUGCACCUCCUUCAUAGACAAGCACAGGCUCUGGGAUGGCUGAGCAAGCCCAGGAUCCAUUGCCUACAAGGUUUCUGUGUUUUGGAGCCUGAGUCACAGCUGCUGGGGCCACGGUAGGAUGUGAUGUCCCCCUCGGUUGAGGAGGAGCCACCUCCCUGCUCCUACGUCUUUGGCUCCCAGAGGUCACCCCCACCCUGCCCAGCUUGCUUGUGCAGCACACGCCCUCCCUGCUGCCACCACCUAGACCUACUUGCUCCUACCUUGGGAGAAGAUGAUGACUUGGGGGUGACAAGUGAAGGGGAGGUGUUCUUCCUUGAGGUGCUGAGAAUGGCCUGAGCCUGGAGCACUGGUGAUCAGCAGACAGCUGCAGCAGGGUCCCAAGCCCCAUGUCCAGUCUGGGUGUCCUGGUGUGCCAGCUCCCCAGACGGGGUGCCUUUCCUGGGGGCUCACUCCAGACACCUUAUCGGGGUGUGGGGCUCCCAGAAGCUGAAUACAGGGCGGGGGCCUGAGCAGGACUGUGAAGGGGUCCACUGGGGCCUGCUGAGUUCCUGUCUCCAGAGGACACCCCAGGGCAGUGCUGUCUCCCUUGGCUAGUGUGUCUUCACCUGGCCUGGAGACCUCCCCUGGGCCUUUGUCCCAGGCAGGUGAAGUAGAUGGUGAAAGCCUGAAGCACAGGGUCAUAUAUAGCUCCUUCCUGGGAGGCACUGUUGGGUCUGUCAACUGACACCCGUCCAGCAAACAGCUGCAAAUGCUGAGCCCAAGAGUAGUCGUGUAGCUUCUAAAGGAGGCCCUGGGCAGGGGUGGUUGGUUCUAACAUUUGAAUACUUGCAGUUUGACCCUUAGAAGGAAUGGAGAAAAGGGAGCGAGAAACAGGGUCAGGUUUGUUUGAUUUCCAAGCCCACAAAGUGCUGUCACCAAAGCCUUCUGCAGGAACUCAAGGCCCAGUCCCAGGAGCAGGUAGUAGGAUGUGUCCCAGGGAAAUGCCACAGGUCUGGGACUUACUGGUUUUCUCUUGAAAGCAAGAGGCUUCUGUGGAUUGGGUAGUUUGGGCCCCUCAAGGUCCCCACAGUAAAUGUGCAUGAUUUUGUCCUUGUUUCCCUUUCUAGAGAUUAGGGCAUUUAGGCUGCAUCUCCUCAUUAGAACAAAAGCCACUGAGUUUAUUGAGUUGCCUUUUCUUAGUAAACUUGAAGACCUGUGUUCUCACAAGGAAAAAUAUAGUUUUAGCACCAUUACUUAACAAAUUGCACUUAAACCCAUUACUGGCCAGAUGGCUUGAGUGGUUGCCUUAAUUUCUCCCAGGACACCUGGCAGGGCUGUACAUGAGCCCUGCCUCACCUCCUGAGGGGCCCCAGUACGUUACUGCACACUGGGUCUCAUCUUGUCCCAGAGUCCCUGCUGACAGGUCACAGUCUGUGGUAGCCCUUAUUGGGUUGCUACACAUAGGUCAUGACCACACACCAGCUGUAUGCCAGGCACUGGUGGGAAUGCGGGGGAAAACAGUGGGACAGCAUUGUCCUGGCCUCAGGCCCAGCUGUGGUUCCCAUAGGCUCCAGGGAAACAUGCCUGAGGCUUCUUGGGACCAGGCACCCCUCUAUCCUUGUUUGUUUUAUGCCCAAGGCCUUUUCUCAGGUUCCAAGGUGCAGAGCUGGGCUUGUCCUCUGCUCCCUUAGGGCCUCCUGUUCUGAGUAAGCUCCCCUGCCCUUCCCACCCCCAGGUCCUGGAAUCCCCUCCCACAGCCUCACUUAGUUCCCUAGGAGGCUGCUGAGCCCCCCAGAGGUUGUUGUGGUCUUUUGUCAGCAGUAGACAGCAGCAGGGCAGGGCUUAGGCAUGCAGGACUGAUGGACCCCAGAACUGCACUGUGUGUCAGGAAAAGCAUGCCUUGUCUGGUCAGUGUUGAACACUGUCCUGGUGUCCCAGGGGAGGUUGGGCUGGGAGGCCUUGAUCUGUGUGAGAGUGCCCCUGGUUCUUGCUUGUUUGCUGUUCUGCCUUACUGGGCCAGUGCCAUCUCCUGUCUCUGUACCCCAUACAGAGCCCUCUGGAGCCCCAGCAGGACCCUGUGUCUUUGGGCUGAGAAGACCAUGGAUGUAGGAGAGCGGGUGCCAGCCCCAGCAACAGCAGGUCCCUCCAGCUGGGGACCCAGGAUCAGGCCCCCUGCCCCCUCUUUGCCAUGAGUUCUGGACUGUAGGGUCCACACCACCUACAGGUCAGGCAGGUUUGCUUGAUUUCCAACCCUACAAGUGCUGCCACUUUUUUUUUCCUUUUUUUUUUAAUAAGG